AUGGGAGACACACCACGGAACGGCGUUAUAGUGCCCAAGUCCAACGGCAAGGCUUCGUAUGCCGAGAAGCACAAAAUCGCCUCCCACUUCAUUGGCGGCAACCGGCUGGAAAAUGCCCCGCCGUCCAAGGUGAAGGACUUUGUCGCUAACCACGACGGUCACACCGUCAUUACAAAUGUAUUGAUCGCCAACAACGGUAUCGCCGCCGUCAAGGAGAUCAGAUCAGUGCGAAAAUGGGCCUACGAGACGUUUGGCGACGAGCGGGCCAUCAAGUUCACCGUGAUGGCCACGCCAGAAGAUUUGCAAGCAAACGCCGACUACAUCCGUAUGGCUGACCAUUACGUUGAGGUUCCCGGCGGCACAAACAACCACAACUAUGCCAAUGUCGAGCUUAUUGUUGACAUUGCGGAGCGUAUGGACGUACACGCCGUGUGGGCAGGCUGGGGUCACGCUUCGGAAAACCCCAAGCUUCCAGAGUCCCUCGCCGCGUCACCAAAGAAGAUUGUGUUCAUCGGUCCUCCGGGCUCUGCCAUGCGCUCGCUCGGUGACAAGAUCUCUUCCACCAUUGUAGCUCAGCACGCCGAUGUGCCAUGUAUUCCAUGGUCUGGUACUGGCGUUUCCCAAGUGAGUGUGGACGAGGAUGGCAUCGUCACAGUUCCAGAUGAUGUCUACCUCAAGGGCUGCGUGAGCUCGUGGCAAGAGGGCUUGGAGAAGGCGAAGGAGAUUGGUUUCCCAGUAAUGGUCAAGGCCUCUGAGGGUGGUGGUGGUAAGGGUAUUCGCAAGGUCGUCAACGAGGAGACCUUCGAGGAGCUUUACAAGGCGGCGGCGAGCGAGAUCCCCGGCUCUCCCAUUUUCGUCAUGAAGUUGGCCGACAGUGCGAGACAUUUGGAGGUUCAAUUGCUUGCUGAUCAGUACGGCAACAACAUUUCGCUGUUUGGCAGAGAUUGCUCGGUCCAACGCAGACAUCAAAAGAUUAUCGAAGAGGCCCCCGUCACCAUUGCCAAGCCAAACACGUUCAAGGCCAUGGAGGAGGCUGCCGUUCGCCUCGGCAAGCUUGUCGGUUACGUUUCCGCCGGUACCGUCGAGUAUUUGUACUCCCAUGCCGAUGACAAGUUCUACUUCUUGGAGUUGAACCCUCGUCUCCAGGUCGAGCAUCCUACGACCGAAAUGGUCAGCGGUGUUAACCUCCCCGCUGCCCAGCUGCAGAUCGCCAUGGGUCUCCCACUUCACCGGAUUCAGGACAUCCGUUUGCUGUAUGGUGUGGAUCCCAAGACGGCUACCGAGAUCGACUUCCAGUUUGCGAACCCUGAAAGUGAAAAGACCCAGCGUAGGCCAACGCCCAAGGGCCACACCACGGCCUGCCGUAUCACCUCCGAGGAUCCCGGUGAGGGCUUCAAGCCAUCCAACGGUGUGCUCCACGACUUGAACUUCCGCUCCAGCUCCAACGUCUGGGGUUACUUCUCUGUCGGUUCCGCUGGUGGUAUUCACAGCUUCUCCGACUCUCAGUUCGGUCACAUUUUCGCCUACGGCGAGAACCGUGCUGCCUCCAGAAAGCACAUGGUUGUGGCCCUGAAGGAGCUGAGCAUCCGUGGUGACUUCCGUACUACUGUCGAGUACCUCAUCAAGCUUCUCGAGACCGAGGCUUUCGAGGACAACACCAUCACCACCGGCUGGCUUGAUGAGUUGAUUUCCAAGAAGCUCACUGCCGAGAGACCUGACCCUAUGCUCGCUGUUGUCUGCGGUGCUGUCACCAAGGCUCACAUUGCCAGCGAGAACUGCAUUGCCGAAUACAGAGCCGGUCUAGAGAAGGGCCAAGUCCCCUCCAAGGACAUUCUCAAGACUGUCUUCCCUGUGGACUUCAUCUAUGAGGGCUACCGGUACAAGUUCACCGUCAGUCGUUCCAGCUCUGACAGCUACCACCUCUUCAUCAACGGUUCCAAGUGCACAGUCGGUGUUCGCGCUCUCAGCGACGGUGGUCUCCUGGUCCUCCUCGAUGGGCGCAGUCACAACGUGUACUGGAAGGAAGAGGCCGCCGCCACUCGCAUCUCAGUCGACAGCAAGACCUGCCUGCUGGAGCAGGAGAACGAUCCCACCCAGCUCCGCACGCCAUCUCCCGGUAAGCUCGUGAAGUACUCUGUGGAGAACGGUGCCCACGUGCGCGCUGGCCAGACCUUUGCCGAAGUUGAGGUCAUGAAGAUGUACAUGCCCCUCAUCGCGCAGGAGGACGGUAUUGUGCAGCUCAUCAAGCAGCCCGGAGCUACCCUCGAGGCUGGUGACAUUCUCGGUAUCUUGGCUCUUGAUGACCCCAGCCGCGUCAAGCAAGCUCAGUCGUUCAUCGGCCAGCUUCCCGAGUAUGGCCCUCCUGUGGUGGUUGGUAACAAGCCCGCCCAGAAGUUCACCCUUCUCUUCAACACCCUCAAGAACAUCCUCAUGGGUUUCGACAACCAGGUGAUCAUGCUGCAGACCCUGAAGGGGCUUAUUGAGGUGCUCCGCGACCCCAAGCUCCCCUACAGCGAGUUCUCGGCUCAGUUCUCUGCUCUCCAUGCCCGCAUGCCCCAGAAGCUCGACGCUCAGUUCAGCUCUGUUCUCGAACGUGCGUCCUCGCGUGGCGCCGAGUUCCCUGCUCGCAACCUGGCCAAGGUCUUCCAGAAGUUCCUUGACGACAACGUCACCUCCAAGAGCGACGCGGACGUCCUCAAGACCACUCUUCAGCCUUUGACCGACGUGCUCGACAUGUAUGCCGAAGGUCAGAAGGUGCGUGAGUUGACCGUUAUUACUGAGCUCCUGAACAUGUACGCCGAGGUCGAGCGCCUUUUCUCUGGCCGCCGGUCUCAGGACGAGGAAGUCAUCUUGCAGCUUCGUGACCAGAACAAGGAGGACACCUCCAAGGUUGUGCAGACUGUGCUGUCGCAUACCAGAGUCGCGGCCAAGAACUCGCUGGUUCUCGCCAUUCUGGAGGAGUACCGUCCCAACAAGCCCAAUGUUGGCAACGUUGGCAAGUACCUUCGCCCAGUGCUUCGCAAGAUGGCCGAGCUCGAGUCCCGCCAAACUGCUAAGGUCUCGUUGAAGGCUCGUGAGAUUCUCAUCCAGUGUGCUCUUCCGUCUCUCGAGGAGAGAACCGCCCAGAUGGAGCACAUUUUGCGCUCCUCUGUUGUUGAGUCCCGCUACGGCGAGACCGGCUGGGACCACCGGGAGCCUAACCUUGAGGUCAUCAAGGAGGUCGUCGACUCCAAGUACACUGUCUUCGAUGUCCUGACAUUGUUCUUCGCUCACGAGGAUCCCUGGGUUUCUCUGGCUGCUUUGGAGGUUUACGUCCGUCGCGCGUACCGUGCGUAUGUCCUGAAGAAGAUUGAGUACCACACCGAUGAGACCGAGACGCCAUCCUUCGUUUCCUGGGACUUUGCUCUGCGCAAGAUCGGCCAGACCGAGUUCGGGCUGCCCUUGCAGUCCGCCGCCCCAUCCUCUCCGGCUACGCCGGUUGAUAACACCUUCAAGCGUAUCCACUCCAUCAGCGACAUGUCCUACCUCGAGAGGAAGACACAAGAGGAGCCGACCCGUAAGGGUGUGAUAGUGCCAUGCAAGUACCUCGAGGAUGCCGAUGACCUCCUCUCCAGAGCUCUCGACACCCUCCCGGUGAUGAAUGGCGCCAAGAAGAAGACCCCUGGCCUCAUUCCUGACCUCAGCGGCAAGCGUCGCCCGCCCCCUCCUCCUCGUCUUGACAGCAUCGACGAACUUUCAGCCGUUGUCAACGUUGCCAUCCGCGAUGCUGAGGGCCGCAGCGAUGAUGAGAUCUUGAAGGAGAUCUUGCCCCUGGUCCAUCAGUUCAAGGAUGACCUUUUCGCCCGCCGCGUCCGUCGUCUGACCUUCAUCUGCGGCCGCAACGAUGGCUCGUACCCCGGUUACUACACCUUCCGUGGCCCCGAGUACAUUGAGGAUGACAGUAUUCGCCACAUUGAGCCUUCUCUUGCCUUCCAGCUCGAAUUGGCUCGUCUCUCCAAGUUCAAGAUCAAGCCCGUAUUCACCGAAAACAAGAACAUCCACAUGUACGAGGGUGUUGGGAAGGGUGUUGAGACUGAUAGGCGCUUCUUCACUCGUGCUGUCAUUCGCCCCGGAAGACUUCGGGAUGAGAUUCCUACCGCCGAGUACUUGAUUUCGGAAGCCGACCGCGUGAUCAACGAUAUUUUUGACGCUCUCGAGAUUAUCGGCACACACAACUCGGAUUUGAACCAUAUGUUCAUCAACUUUACUCCCGUCUUCCAGCUUCAGCCUCAGGAAGUUGAGCAGUCGCUUCAGGGCUUCUUGGAUCGCUUCGGUCCCCGCGCUUGGCGUCUUCGUGUUGCCCAGGUCGAGAUCCGCAUUAUUUGCACUGAUCCCUCCACCGGCAUGCCCUACCCUCUGCGUGUGAUCAUUACCAACACCUCUGGCUACGUCAUCCAGGUAGAGAUGUAUGCCGAGCGCAAGUCGGAUAAGGGCGACUGGGUCUUCUACUCUACCGGUGGCACCACCAAGAUCGGAUCCAUGCAUCUGCUCCCCGUCUCGACCCCUUACCCCACCAAGAACUGGCUCCAGCCCAAGCGGUACAAGGCUCACUUGAUGGGCACUCAGUAUGUGUAUGAUUUCCCCGAGCUUUUCCGCCAGGCCAUCCAGAACAGCUGGGCCAAUGCUGUCAAGAAGGUCCCCUCCAUGGCCGAGAAGCAGCCCCCGGUUGGCGAGUGCAUCGAGUUCAACGAGCUUGUCUUGGAUGACCAUGACAACUUGGCCGAGGUUUCUCGCGACCCAGGCACCAACACCUGCGGUAUGGUCGGUUGGCUCAUCAGCGCCCGCACCCCCGAAUACCCCAAGGGCCGCAAGUUUGUUGUCGUCGCCAACGACAUCACCUUCAACAUUGGUUCUUUCGGGCCCAAGGAAGACAACUUCUUCUACAAGUGCACAGAGCUUGCUCGCAAGUUGGGCGUUCCCCGCAUCUACUUGUCGGCCAAUUCGGGUGCUCGCUUGGGUCUGGCCAACGAGCUGAUGCCUCACUUCAGCGUGGCCUGGAACGAGGAGGGCAAGCCCGAGGCUGGCUUCAAGUACCUCUACCUCAACGAUGAGGCCAAGAAGAGGUUCGAGAGCACUGUGCUGACCGAGGAGGUCUCUGAGGGUGGCGAGAAGCGUCACAAGAUCGUCACCAUCAUUGGUGCUGAAGACGGUUUGGGUGUCGAGUGCUUGCGUGGUUCCGGCCUCAUCGCCGGUGCCACUAGCAGAGCCUACCAGGAUAUCUUUACUUGCACGCUCGUCACCUGCCGCUCGGUUGGUAUUGGUGCCUACCUUGUCCGCCUUGGUCAGCGUGCUGUGCAAAUUGAGGGCCAGCCCAUCAUCCUGACUGGUGCCCCCGCCCUCAACAACCUUUUGGGUCGUGAGGUCUACACCUCUAACCUCCAGCUUGGUGGCACUCAGAUCAUGUACCGCAACGGUGUGUCUCACUUGACCGCCAACGACGACUUUGCUGGUGUUUCCAAGAUUGUUGAGUGGAUGUCCUUCGUUCCCGAUAAGCGCAACAACCCUGUGCCCAUCAGCCUUGGCAUCGACACCUGGGAUCGUGACGUUGUCUUCACCCCAGAGCAGAAGAAGCCCUAUGAUGUCAGGUGGAUGAUUGCCGGCAAGCAGGACGAGGAUGGUUUCCAGCCUGGUCUGUUCGACAAGGAUUCCUUCGUGGAGACCCUUGGCGGCUGGGCUCGCACUGUCGUGGUUGGUCGUGCUCGUCUCGGCGGCAUUCCUAUGGGUGUCAUCGGUGUCGAGACCCGCUCUGUCGAGAACAUCACACCCGCCGACCCUGCCAACCCUGACUCGAUCGAGCAAGUCAGCAACGAGGCCGGUGGUGUUUGGUACCCCAACUCUGCCUUUAAGACUGCUCAGGCCAUCAACGACUUCAACUAUGGCGAGCAGCUUCCCCUGAUGAUCCUUGCCAACUGGCGUGGAUUCUCUGGUGGCCAGCGCGACAUGUACAACGAGGUCCUCAAGUACGGCUCGUACAUUGUCGAUGCUCUCGUCAAGUUCGAGCAGCCAGUCUUCAUCUACAUUCCACCAUUCGGUGAGCUUCGUGGCGGUUCGUGGGUCGUCGUCGAUCCCACCAUCAACCCGACCGCCAUGGAGAUGUACGCCGAUGUGGACGCCCGCGGCGGUGUCUUGGAGCCUGAGGGUAUCAUCGGUAUCAAGUACCGCAAGGACAAGCAGCUUGAGACCAUGGCCCGUCUCGAUCCCGUUUACUCGGGCCUUAAGAGGCAGAUCGCCGACACGUCGCUUUCCAAGGAGGAGAUCGAUGAGAUCAAGAAGAAGAUGACGGAGCGCGAGCAGGAGCUUCUGCCUGUAUAUGCUCAGAUCAGCUUGCAGUUUGCCGAUCUUCACGACCGCGCCGGCCGCAUGAAGGCCAAGGGUGUCAUUCGCGAGGUGCUCGAGUGGCGCAACGCCCGCCGCUUCUUUUACUGGCGCGUGCGCAGAAGAUUGAACGAGGAGUACAUCCUCCGCCGCCUUGCCUCGGCGGCUGCGGUUUCGGGCGUUCACAACAAGAAUGCGGCGGCAGCUGCCCAAGCCCGCGCCCGUCACCUCUCCCUCCUCGAAUCCUGGUGCGGUAUUGCCCACUUUGACAAGUCUGAUCGCGAGGUUGCCAUCUGGUACGAGGAAAACCGCAAGGUGGUGCACGAGAAGGUUGAGCACCUCAAGGCCGAGGCUCUGCAGGCCGAGAUGCGCGAGCUCGUCCGCCUUGGUAGCCAGUCUACGGAGGAUGCUGCCAGCAACCCUGCCUGGAAGGGUAUCCGCGAUGUCCUUCACACCAUGCCGGUACAAGAACGGGAGAAGAUGCUCCAGUAUCUCAAGCAGGUGUAA